AGCACCAUCUUGUCACACACAAGUCUCACGUCAGUGAGCCAAUGUCAAAUUCUCGAAUAUACACUAGUCUCCGAAGAAUGCGAAGCUCUUUACACUUCUAAAUUGGACGAAGCGCUGAAACAUGUUCGGUCUGUGUUCUUCGGGCAAAAAGACCAGUUGUGGACAGUCGAAACCGAAGAAGAGCGCCUGCGGGAAGAAGAGCUGCAAACCGGGCAAGGUGACCAGGAACGCCUUCUUCAAUUUCCUCAGGGAGUUCAGGGUGAAACACUGCGACUGGCCGGUCACCAAGAUCGCUGUGGAGGGUGCGAAAUGCUGGUGUAAGAUGAGCCCCUGCGAUCGCAAGAAAUACCUGGAUAUGGCAAGGUGUGCGCCAAAGAUGAAGAGGAGGAGGAAGCACAAGAGGGGAGGGUCUUGUGGCAGGAAGGCCUCCCACAGGAGGCCGAAGAGACGCUGCGGGUAGAUCCGACGUUGGACCCUUUGGAUUUCAAAUUUUAGUAGCGUGGAUCUGUAUGGUUAGUUGGACAUACCAGUACGUCUUUACCUAUGUACCUAUUUAUCAAUAAACAGCUAUUGGAUCUA